AUGGUUUUCGGGCCAUUCUGGACCCAUAUAUUGGGCUACUGGAACGAGAGACUGAAGAGGCCCGAUAAGGUAUUGUUCUUGAAAUACGACCCCGUGGAGAAUCUGAACAAGAUGGCAGACUUUAUGGGGGUCCCAUUUUCUAAAGAGAAAGAGAAGCUUGGGGUUAUUGAAGAGAUUGUGAAGAUGUGCAGUCUGAGUAACUUGAAGGAGUUAGAGGUGAAUAAAACUGGGAAGAGAUACAUUUCUGAUCACAAAUGUUACUUCAGGAAAGGCAAGCUCGGUGACUGGGUUAAUUAUUUCAGUCCUUCUAUGGCGGAACGUCUGCAACACAUCAUGGAUGAAAAAUUAAGCCCGCUCAGGUUGCCGUUCAAACUACGCUAG